GUUUGCCCCGGAAGUGGCUGUCUUCAGCUGACAGCUGCUCGUAAGGUGGCAGCGGCAGGCCGAGUGCAAGAUGGCGUUGCGGCCGGGGUCUGGAGCUGGCGGCGGCGGGGCUGCUGGAGCUGGCACGGGGGCCACCGGGGGAGGCAGCUUCUUGUUUUCGGUUGCAAGUGGAAUAAGACCCCCUCAAGGUUUGAUGUCUAUGCAGCAACAAGGAUUUCCUGUGGUCUCUGUCAUGCAGCCUAAUAUGCAAGGCAUGAUGGGAAUGAAUUACAGCUCUCAGAUGUCCCAAGGACCUAUUGCUAUGCAGGCAGGGAUACCAAUGGGACCAAUGUCAGCAGCAGGAAUGCCUUACAUGGGACAAGCACCAUUCCUGGGAAUGCGUCCUCCAGGCCCACAGUACACUCCAGACAUGCAGAAACAGUUUGCUGAAGAGCAGCAAAAACGGUUUGAACAGCAACAAAAACUUUUAGAAGAAGAAAGAAAAAGACGCCAGUUUGAAGAGCAGAAGCAAAAGCUCAGACUUCUGAGUAGUGUGAAACCCAAGACAGGAGAGAAGAGUAGAGAUGAUGCUUUGGAAGCCAUAAAAGGAAACUUAGAUGGGUUUUCCAGAGAUGCUAAGAUGCACCCUACUCCAGUAUCACAUCCCAAGAAACCAGGUGUGGGAGUGUUUCCCUCACAGGAUCCCGUUCAGCCCAGAAUGCCUCCUUGGAUUUACAAUGAGAAUUUGGUUCCAGAUGCUUAUAAGAAAAUUUUAGAAACCACAGUGACUCCAACUGGAAUAGAUACUGCUAAACUUUAUCCCAUUCUGAUGUCAUCUGGACUUCCCAGGGAAACUCUUGGACAGAUAUGGGCCUUAGCUAAUCGAACUACACCUGGCAGACUUACUAAAGAAGAACUUUAUACUGUUCUGGCCAUGAUAGCAGUAACACAGAGAGGAGUUCCUGCCAUGAAUCCUGAUACUUUAAGCCAGUUUCCUGCAGCUCCUAUUCCAACUUUAAGUGGCUUUCCUAUGACUCUUCCUACUCCUGUGAGUCAGCCCACUGUGAUGCCUUCAGGCCCGGCAGGCUCCAUGCCACUCAAUCUGGGACAGCCAGUCAUGGGCAUUAACCUUGUUGGACCAGUGGGUGGAGCUGCAGCCCAGGCUUCCAGUGGUUUCUUGCCAACAUAUCCAGCAAAUCAGGUGGUAAAGCAAGAAGAAGAUGACUUCCAGGAUUUUCAAGAUGCUUCUAAGUCAGGCUCUCUGGAUGACUCAUUCAGUGAUUUCCAAGAGGUGCCUGCUUCUUCAAAAACAAAUCAUUCCCAGCAUGGAAACAGUGCUCCUUUGUUGAUACCACUUACUGGAACGAAAACAUCGGCUUCAAUGGAUAAAUACGCUGUGUUUAAAGGAAUUGCAGCUGACAAGACCUCUGAAAAUACUGUUCCAUUUGGAGAGCCUGGUGAUAAAUAUAGUGCUUUCAGAGAACUUGAACAGACAGCAGAGGGUAAAUCUUUAGGAGAAAGCUUUGCAGAAUUCAGAGGUCCAGGAGCUGAUGAUGGUUUUACUGAUUUUAAAACAGCCGAUAGCAUAUCACCACUAGAGCCGCCAACAAAAGAUAAAACUUUUCCAGCAUCCUUCACCUCAGGAACUAUACAACAGAAACAACAAACACAAGUGAAAAAUCCUCUGAACCUAGCAGACCUAGAUAUGUUUUCCUCAGUCAGUUGCAGCAAUGAAAAAUCAAUGUCUUUCUCAACAGCAUUUAGUGCGUCAAAAUCCAUUUCAACACGACCACCACCAACUGAUUGUGCUGCAACUACAACAGCAUUGGCGUCAACUAAAACUUCUGGUUUGGCUGAUGAUUUUGGAGAAUUCAACCUUUUUGGGGGAUAUUCUAGUCCAACAUCUGUUGGAGAACAGGAUGAUUUUGCCGAUUUUAUGGCUUUUAGUAAUAGCUCAAUUUCAUCUGAGCAAAAUGCAGAUGACAAAUACGAUGCCUUGAAAGAAGAAGCUAGCCCUGUUCCUCUCACCAACAACUCGGGCAGCACAGUGAAGAGUGGACAGAAUCCAACUGCUGCACCUACUAAAUAUGAUGUCUUCAAACAGCUUUCUCUGGAAGGAUCUGGACUAGGUGCUGAAGAACUUAAAGAGAGCACUCCUUCAGGAAAAAGUGAGGAUGAUUUUGCUGACUUCCAUUCCAGUAAAUUUUCUUCCAUGAACUCGGACAAAUCCCUUGGAGACAAAGCAGUGGCCUUCAGACACACCAAAGAAGACUCUGCUUCUGUGAAGUCCUUGGAUCUCCCUUCCAUUGGAGGCAGCAGUGUUGGCAAGGAGGACUCUGAAGAUGCACUCUCUGUUCAGUUUGACAUGAAAUUGGCUGAUGUGGGAGGCGAUCUUAAGCAUGUCAUGUCUGAUAGCUCUUUGGAUUUGCCCACAGUUAGUGGCCAGCAUCCUCCUGCUGCAGAUAUAGAGGACUUAAAAUAUGCCUCUUUUGGAACCUACAGUAGCAAUUUUGCAGUGAGCACACUUACAAGCUAUGACUGGUCAGACAGGGAUGAUGCAUCUCAGGGCAGAAAACCCUCUCCAUUUGUCCUCUCAGCAGGAAGCGGGUCCUCCUCAGCUGCUUCCGUUUUCCAGAAGAAAGAGACUUCCUUUGGCAGUUCGGAAAGCAUCACCAUGACGUCUCUCUCCAAAAUAACCACCUUUGCAAGUGAAGAUGCUCAUCCAGAGACCACCUUUCCAGCUUUUGCCAAUUUUAAAGAUGGAAUCCCACAGACUAUUGAGCAAAAGGACUAUGAAAGCAGGAACUUUAAAGAUUUUACAAGUCAGGACCUGCCUUCAGCGGACCGGAGCCAAGAGGUCAUGUGUCCAAGCCCAGCAUCUAGUGGUGCUUCUCAUGAAACCCCUAAAGAAUGUUCGGAUGACUUUGGAGAGUUCCAAAGUGAAAAGCCCAAAAUCAGCAAGUUUGACUUUUUACUGGCGAAUUCACAAAGCAAAAUGAAAUCCAGUGAAGAAAUGAUCAAAAGUGAGCUGGCAACCUUCGACCUUUCUGUUCAAGGAUCUCACAAGAGGAGUUUGAGCCUGGGUGAUAAAGAAAUCAGCCGUUCCUCUCCUUCUCCAGCUUUGGAGCAACCUUUCCGAGACCGUUCAAGCACUCUGAGUGAGAAGCCUGCUCUGCCUGUCAUCCGUGACAAGUACAAAGAUCUGACAGGAGAGGUGGAGGAGAAUGAGAGAUAUGCAUACGAAUGGCAGAGAUGUCUGGGGAGUGCCCUAGAUGUCAUAAAGAAGGCAAAUGACACCUUAAAUGGAAUCAGUAGUAGUUCUGUUUGCACAGAAGUAAUUCAGUCAGCUCAAGGCAUGGAAUAUUUAUUAGGUGUCGUUGAGGUGUACAGGGUAACCAGACGUGUGGAGCUGGGGAUAAAGGCCACCGCAGUGUGCAGUGAGAAACUCCAACAGUUGCUGAAGGACAUUGAUAAAGUGUGGAACAACCUAAUCGGCUUCAUGUCACUCGCCACACUCACGCCAGAUGAAAAUUCACUGGAUUUUUCCUCCUGUAUGCUGCGCCCUGGGAUUAAAAAUGCUCAGGAACUUGCUUGUGGAGUGUGCCUCUUAAACGUGGACUCUAGGAGCCGGAAAGAAGAGAAGCCUGCAGAAGAACAUCCUAAAAAAGCAUUCAACUCAGAAACAGACAAUUUCAAGCUGGCAUAUGGAGGACACCAGUAUCACGCCAGCUGCGCCAACUUCUGGAUCAACUGUGUUGAACCAAAACCUCCUGGUCUUAUCCUACCUGAUUUGCUCUGAAGAGCUCCUCUCUGAAGCA